GCGGCAAAGCGGACCAUCGCAGCCUUCGGCCGCCGCUGGCUCGGUCGGUGCACAUUACUGGAGUGCGCUGAGGCGCCUUCAGCGGAGGAGGAAGAUGAUACCUCCAUGGCUUAUUCCUCUGACUACGAAGCAGAGCAGUCGGAGAGGUACUCUUACGACCUGGAGGACGGCACACCAAGCUCUACCAGCCCCGAGGACGGCACACCAAGCUCUGCCAGCCCCGUCUCAGCAGGAACCGAGGCGGCUGCCCCUGUUGUCCACGAGGAGUCGUCAGAGGAGGUACCAGAGGCAGCAGAGCUUUCUCCGGCCGAUUCUCCAGGCGCUUCAGCGUCGGUCUCGGGUCUGUCGGCAAGAUCGAG